AAACUGCAUUUAAAAAAAAAAAUGGCUUUCAGAUCAGAGGAGGAUCUCAGCUGCCCGAUCUGUCGAGACAUCUUCAGAGAUCCUGUCGUCAUGUCAUGCAGCCACAGCUUCUGUAAAGACUGUCUGCAGAGCUGGUGGAAGGAGAAACUAACUCGUGAGUGUCCUGUUUGUAAGACUGUUUCUUCAUGUGGACAGCCGCCUGUCAGUCUGGUUCUAAAGAACCUGUGUGAGGCCUUUCUACUGGAGAAAGAUAAGAAACCUCCUGAUGAGGAUCUCUGCACACUGCACUCAGAGAAACUCAAAUUAUUCUGCUUGGACCAUCAGCUGCCAGUGUGCCUCGUCUGCAGAGAUUCAGACACUCACUCCAACCACACAUUCAGACCCAUUGAUGAAGUGGCAAGGCAACACAAGAAGAAACUUCUGGGAUCACUGAAAGAGAAAUUGCAGAUGUUCAGGAAAGUGAAACUAAAGUGUGACCAAACAGCAGAGCACAUUAAAGUGCAGGCCCGGCACACAGAGAGGAGGAUAAAGAAGCAGUUUAAGAAGCUUCACCAGUUUCUGAAUGAGGAAGAGGAGGCCAGGGUGGCAGCUCUGAGAGAGGAAGAGGAGCAGAGGAGCAAGAUGAUGCAGGAGAAGAUGGAGGCUCUGAGCAGAGAGAUUGACGCUCUCUCAGACAUCGUUGACGCCACAGAGGAGGAGCUGAGAGUUCAAGACAUCUCAUUCCUGAAAAACUACAAAGCUGCAGUGCAAAGAGUCCAGCAGCGCCCCCUGCUGGAUGAUCCACAGCUACUGUCCGGAGUUUUAAUCGACGAGGUGAAACACCUGGGCAACCUAAGCUUCAACAUCUGGAAUAAGAUGAAGGACCUAAUCUCCUACACUCACAUGUUCCUGGAUCCAAACACGGCUCACCCAGAGCUGGUCCUCUCUGAUGAUCUGAGCGGCGUGAGGCUCGGCGAGGAGAAGUUGCUUCCUGAUAACCCAGAGAGGAUCGAUAACUAUAACUCCGUCCUGGGCUCUGAGGGGUUUGACUCAGGGACUCACAGCUGGGUCGUUGUGGUUGGAAACAGUAGAGUGUGGACACUGGGAGUCUCUGCAGAGUCUGUGAGGAGAAAGGGCCGCGUUCAGUCUGGAUUAUGGGGGAUAUGGUUUGAUGAAGGUGAGUACUCAGCAUGGUCACCACCAGCUCCUGCUACUGAUCUCUUACUGGGGAGAAGGUUUGACAGAAUCAGAGUGACUCUGGACUGGGACAGAGGAGAGCUGUCCUUCUCUGAUCUUGACACAAACACACACAUCCACACAUUUACAGAGACAUUCACUGAGAGGCUGUUUCCUUAUAUCAACACUGUGGAUGAACUUCCUCUGAAGAUAUUACCUUUAAAGGUCUGUGUGACUGUGGAAAAAAGCUGGUAGAGACACAUUUAUGAUGUUUAUGUCCUAAAGGGUGACGGGAUAGGCUUUAUAACACUGUUCACGAAUAAGAUUUUUAAAUAAUGCUUUAUUAAAGUCAUAAGUAGUGACUAUGUCAGUCAUGCUUGAUGUUUAGUCACUUAUUAUGAACUACUGACUGUAUUUUGAUCUCUGUUGCUCCUGACUGCUGUCUUAAAAGUGAAACUGUAAUCCCAGUUGACAUGACUAGACCUGCUAGUCAGCAGCAGAUAAAUCUAUCUUUGUUUGUAUACAUAUAACUAAAGUUAUCUCAAGACGCUUUAGAGAGAGGGCAGGUCUGAACC